CAAAAUAAAACGCGUUGUUUUGGUCCGUUUAUUUAUCGAUCCCAGAAAAACCCCCGGUAAUGCGAAAAAGUCUCGUGCCCCAGCGGUGCGUACCGUCAACGUCAGUAAACUCUCCAUUCAAAAGUCCCUUGUCGGCGCAAAAACGGAACCGAGAAUGUCGCAAACGGGACUCGGACAAGGGCAAUGCCAGCCCCCAACCGGCACCAAAGCUAUCGGUAUCCGAGCACGAAAUAAUGAUCAUGAAGAUUCUCAGUCAACCAUUCAAAAUACCCAUCGCCAACUACGUCCCGGAACACUCCACGAGAUGCCUGGGGAUGAAAAGGGCGGCGGCCCGCCGCGCGUUGCACGAUCCGUUCGCUUGCAAUGCGCUGGUCCUGUACAGUCCUCCGGAACUGUCCGAGCACGAUAAGCUGAAGAUGGAUGCGAACAAGAUCCAGGUGCACGUUGUGGUGGAUCCGCUGCUGGGCAACAUAUUGCGUCCCCAUCAACGGGAAGGGGUCCGGUUUAUGUACGAUUGUGUAACCGGCGCAAAAGGAGACUUUAACGGAUGUAUUAUGGCCGAUGAAAUGGGACUUGGUAAAACGCUACAGUGCAUCACGCUACUGUGGACACUUUUGCGCCAAAGUCCUAACUGCAAACCGACCAUUAGCAAGGCUAUCAUCGUGUGUCCGAGCUCGUUGGUAAAAAAUUGGUACAAAGAGUUCGCCAAAUGGUUGGGGUGUCGGGUGAAUUGUCUUGCGAUCGAUGGUGGCUCGAAGGAACACACGACGAAAGAGCUGGAGCAAUACAUGGCCAACCAGAGCCAACGUCAUGGGACACCGGUGCUGAUCAUCAGCUACGAAACGUUCCGCUUGUAUGCUAACAUUUUGAACAACUCCGAAGUGGGUGCGGUCCUAUGCGACGAAGGACAUCGUUUGAAGAACUGUGAGAAUCUCACCUACCAGGCACUGAUGGGAUUGAAGACGAAGCGAAGGGUACUGCUGUCGGGGACACCGAUCCAAAACGAUCUGACAGAGUAUUACAGCCUGUUGCAUUUUGUAAAUCCAGGCAUGCUCGGCACAACAGCUGAAUUUCGGAGACAGUUUGAAAACCCCAUCCUCCGCGGGCAAGAUGCAAAUUCGACCGAUUCCGAGCGUGAAAAAGCUGCUGAGCGCUUGCAGGAGUUGGCGGCGCUGGUCAAUCAAUGCAUGAUACGACGCACGAGCGCCCUGCUCACGAAAUACCUUCCGGUCAAGUUUGAAAUGGUCGUUUGCGUGCGGAUGACUGAGGUGCAGGCGGCGUUGUACAAAAGUUUCCUGCAAUCCGACUCCAUCCGGCGUAGCGUGUUGGAAAAGUCCGAAGUAAAGGCCAGUCUAACGGCCCUUUCGAAUAUUACUUCGUUGAAGAAACUGUGCAAUCAUCCGGAUCUGGUGUACGAGAAGAUCCAGGAGCGUGCGGAUGGGUUUGAAAAUGCGGCCAGCAUACUGCCGGCGAACUACAGCACUCGCGAGCUACGGCCGGAACUCGGUGCGAAACUGAUGCUACUCGAUUGUAUGCUUGCGUCCAUCAAGACCAACACGACGGAUAAAAUCGUACUCGUAUCGAACUACACGCAAACGCUGGAUCUGUUCGAGAAGCUUUGCCGCAAGCGAGGCUACGGGUACGUCCGACUCGACGGUACGAUGACGAUCAAGAAACGUGGCAAGGUGGUGGACGAAUUCAAUCGGCCCGAUUCGAACGAUUUCAUCUUCAUGCUCAGCUCGAAGGCGGGCGGUUGCGGGUUGAAUCUGAUCGGUGCAAAUCGGCUCGUGAUGUUCGACCCGGACUGGAACCCAGCCAACGAUGAGCAGGCAAUGGCACGCGUUUGGCGCGAUGGGCAGAAGAAACCAUGCUACAUCUAUCGGAUGCUCGCGACCGGAUCGAUUGAGGAAAAGAUUUUCCAGCGGCAAACGCACAAGAAAGCCCUCUCGACGACGGUGGUGGACAACAACGAGGAUGGCGAGCGACACUUUACACAGGACGAUCUGAAGGAUCUGUUUAAGCUGGACGAGGGAACACUGUCCGAUACACAUGACAUCUUCAAGUGCAAACGGUGUACGAACAACGUUCAAACGAAGCUUCCACCGGAGGACAGCGACUGCAUGUCGGAUCUCGUGCACUGGUACCAUUGUGCCAACAAUAAGGGCAUCCCGGACGAUAUCCUUUCCAAGUCGUGGGACAUUACUCGGUGUGUCUCGUUCGUGUUUCACCACCGUUCGAAUUCCGCCGUUGUCGAGCAACAGCUGGCCGAACAGAAGCGACAGGAGGCACUCGCGGCCAGAAAAGAAAAGGAGGACGAUGACGCCGGCAAGGAGAAUCGCAGGUACGAUUCCUGUGCGGAGGAGGAGGAAGACGAGGAAGCGCCCGACGACGACGAUGAGAAGGAUAAAGAUUUCGUUUUAUAAUACAUACGGGUUUACGGUCUUGUAAGCUUUUUUUUAUUCUGAAAGGAA